CCCUCCCCCCAACGACGAGCCCGCGGCGGCCACCCUUGAGUGCUAGCGAGGCCUGUGUGGCCUCGCAGCCCGCGUCCGCGUCGCCGCCCCCGCGCCCCGCCGUUGGGCGGCGCCGCGCCGGCAUGUCGGGCCCCGGGCCUCGGGAGCCGUCGCCUGAGGCGGGCGCGGCGGGCGGCGACGCGGGCCCCGAGGGCGCGGGCGGCGGGGACGCGGCGCUGGGCGAGCCGGGGCUGAGCUUCACUACCACCGACCUGAGCCUGGUGGAGAUGACGGAGGUGGAGUACACGCAGCUGCAGCACAUCCUCUACUCGCACAUGGAGGCGGCCGACGGCGAGCUCGAGGCGCGCCUCGGCUCUACGCUGCUGGGCGGCCCCGGCGCGGGCGCAGGCGCGGGGGCGGCGGGGGCGCUGUCCACGGCGCCGCCCGUGUACCCCGUGCUGUGUCCGCCGCUGGCGUCCGACGCCCCCUGCCUGGGCCACGUCGACUUCCAGGAGCUGCGCAUGAUGCUGCUCGGCGAGGCAGGCGCGGCCGAGAAGACGCCGGGCGGCGCGGACGGGGCGCGGACGCGGGCGGACGGCGCGGCCAAGGAGGGCGCGGGCGCCACGGGGCCCGAGGGCGCGCCCGAGGCCCGGGCCAAGCCCGCUGUGCGCGUCCGCCUGGAGGACCGCUUCAACAGCAUCCCUGCCGAGCCGCCCGCGGCGCCUCGCGGCCCUGAGCCCCCCGAGCCCGGCGUGGCGCUCAACAAUUUGGUAACUCUUAUUCGACAUCCAUCUGAAUUAAUGAAUGUUCCUCUUCAUCAACAACAAAAUAAAUGUACAGCAUUAGUGAAAAAUAAAACUGCCGCUGCGGCUACUGCUUUGCAGUUCACCUACCCCCUCUUCACAGGCACAUGCUCCACGGGUGGAAAUUCUAACCUUUCACAGACGCAGAGUUCCAGUAACUCAUGUUCUGUACUUGAAGCUGCCAAGCACCAGGAUAUUGGACUGCCAAGAGCAUUUUCUUUCUGUUACCAGCAAGAGAUCGAAUCCACUAAACAGACUUUAGGUAGCAGAAAUAAAACUUUGCCUGAGCAGGUUUGGAUUAAAGUGGGAGAAGAAGCGCUUUGUAAGCAAGCAAUAAAUAAGAGGAAUCGGAGUAGAAUACGUCAGUUGGACACAAGUAUAGAACGAAGAGCCCUUGGAGAGAUUCAGAAUGUGGGCGAAGGCUCUACAGCCACACAGGGCGCCUGGCAGUCCUCGGAGUCCUCACAAUCAAACCUGGGGGAGCAAACCCAGAGCGGGCCCCAGGGAGGAAGGUCUCAGCGUAGGGAGAGGCAUAACCGAAUGGAAAGAGAUAGAAGGCGCAGAAUCCGCAUUUGCUGUGACGAGCUGAAUCUUUUAGUUCCCUUCUGCAAUGCGGAGACGGAUAAGGCGACAACGCUUCAGUGGACCACAGCGUUCCUGAAGUACAUUCAGGAAAGACACGGGGAUUCCCUUAAAAAGGAAUUCGAGAGUGUGUUUUGCGGUAAAACGGGCAGAAGGCUAAAGCUGAGCAGACCAGACUCCUUGGUGACGCGCCCCGCACAGGGCAGUCUGCAGAGCAGCCCCGCACUGGAGACCAAGUGACUGGGCCGGACAGGAGUGCUGGGGAGCCGGGGCUGCUCGCACGCGACCCGGGAGCUCUGCUCUGGCAGUGCGACUCCCAGAGCCGUGGCCGCAUGGACGGGACUCCAGGAGGGACUGUGAGAGCACAUUUUCCAAAGUAUUUACCUAGAACAGAGCACUUGUGCACUAAUGUCCUCUGAGGUCAUUUGGGGAUGAAGACAUCUUGUGUUAGUAAGUAAUUUCCAAUUACUGUCUGAUGCCAUCAUGUUUGCCUAACAUGGUAACUCACAAUGGGAACAUCCUUUGUAACUUCUACUUUCCUUAUUUUAUUUGCAUUUGAAAUAUGCCCCUUUAGCAAUUGGAAGAAGGUAAAUUGUUCUUAACUAGAAGUAGUUUGAGAAUUUUAUUCCACUUGUUGUAUGACUCCCCUCGUAUUUCCAGUCUCAUGGUACUUUGUGUUGCAAAAUGCGGUACUAUUUUAACUUUGCGGUAAACAUUUUCCAGUCUCCCUUUGAAGCUACUUUUGUCCAUAUGUAAAAUAUUUUUUCAGUAGGCAGCUUAAGUGCCCACAUUUUCCUAUUACAUGUAAUAAAGCGUGUUUGGACGGAA